AUGGAAGUAAGUGCUAUGAUACCGAUGCCUUUGGACUUUUCCAUGGUGCGAAACGGAUCGCCGCUAAGGGAUGAAUCGCCGAAGCCAAUCUCGAACAGCGCUUUCAGAGUUGUCACCCCGAAAGGUGUAUCAGCUAGUGAGGCUUUGAGGAAUGGCAUCUGCAAUUCACUCUGGGGUGCAUCCAACACACGUCCUGAUGGAAGAUUGACACCACCGCCCCAGAAUAUGGACACGUACAACAGUAGAGAUGAAAUCAAAUUUGGAAUAAAUCGCCUGGUAGGGGAGCGGACUGAUGAAGAAGAUUGUGAAUCGCAUAACAAUGAAACGCGACCGGAAGAUAUAUCACCGACAUCCCAGUGCGGUAGUCCAUGUUGGGCACCUUCCCCUCCAUCCCCUCGAUCAGUCCGGUCAACGUCUCCUGAACUAGAAGUGGAUUCCCCUCCAUCAUCACCGAGACGGCCGCCUGACUCAUCCCCAACUAUAAAACGAUCAGAGGCAUUUUCCGUAAGCGCACUUCUCAGACCAGACGCACCAAGAACUCAACCACAUAGACCUUUUUUAUACCCACCCCUGCCGUUUGCUGAGUUUCUAAGAGAUGCAGGCAGUCUUAGCCUCCCUGGAUGGGGGGGAUACAGCAAUCUAUAUCUCCAUGCAGUUCAAGCAGCUGGUCCUGAGUUAUUGCGACUUCGUGCUGCAGUACUAGGAAACCCAAGCCCCUUAUCCAGGCCUUUGCCAAUUGGAGACGUGUAUUCGUGUGUUAAGUGUGAAAAGAUGUUCAGUACACCACAUGGAUUGGAAGUUCAUGCGCGAAGAUCACAUAAUGGAAAACGACCAUUUGCGUGUGAGCUGUGCAGUAAGACAUUUGGACACGAAAUCAGUCUUAGCCAACACAGGGCUGUCCACAGCGUAGAAAAAGUCUUCGAAUGCAAGCAAUGUGGGAAGACCUUCAAACGUUCAAGUACCCUAUCGACACACCUACUCAUCCACUCUGACACUCGACCUUACCCAUGCCAGUACUGCGGCAAGAGGUUUCAUCAAAAGUCCGACAUGAAAAAGCACACCUAUAUUCAUACAGUAGCAUUAAAAUGGAUGCUAAAACAUCCUAAUACCACACGUAUUAAUGGAAACAAUGCAUAA